AUGGUUCGUUUAAAGCAUCGAUGGAUUCUAUUUGAAACUUUAUUCGAAAACACAUCUCAUCAAGAUACAUCAAUCGCCCCGCUGACACUUCAUGACAUUUAUAUAACCGUAAAAGAAUCUAUUCAAUUAAAUUUUGGAGACUAUGGGCGUGGGUGUACUUCUUCUUCAUUGAAUGUAAAGUACUAUUCACCACAUACAAACAUGGGAUUAUUACGAGUGUCAAGAGAUCAUUAUCGCAUGUUGUGGUGUGCACUAACUUUCAUAACACAAAUAAACUCGAGAUCAUGUACUAUACGGGUUUUACAUGUAGGAGGUACAAUUAAACAGUGUCAAGCAUUAGUUGUUGAGUAUGAUAGAGAACAAAUAUUAGAAAAUGAAGACUUGAAUGAUAUUUAA